CUUGCUGCAAGUGGACAGCUCCCUUUGCUGGGAAUGCUAACCAUGCUGCAAGAUAACGCUGAAGCGGUCGGACCUAGGCUUCGCUUGCGAAUGGAGGGAUUUGCUUUGUCCGCCACUGGCUCUACCUUUCCGUGACCACGAAUUGAAUUGAAUAUUAUACAUUGCUAAUAUUAGUUAUUAUGUACGUGUUCCAAUUUACAAGCAUCCAGAUGCUUUAAUACGCUUAGAAAUCCACGUUGGCGAAUCAAAAUGGGGAAAGACGAAUGUAAAACCAUGCUGGAUGCCCUGAAUAAAGUGACUGCUUGCUACAGGCAUUUGGUCAUCACGCUCGGCAGCACCGCGGACUCUCAAAACCUGAGAGAGGAGCUGAAGAAGACGCGCAAAAAGGCACAGGAGUUGGCCGUGGCCAACAGGACUAAACUGACGGCUUUGCUAAAGGACAAGAGCAUCAGCAAAGAGGAGCGCUCCGAGUACGAGAGGCUAUGGGUCCUCUUCAGCAGCAACAUGGAGCUGCUUGAAGUGGACAUGAAGCGAUCUUUGGAAAUCGGACAGGACUUCCCAUUGAGAGUGCCCACCAAGCACCUCAUUCAGACGGGGAUGAAUGGCAGUACUACAACCGUGGCGGCGAGAGCCAUGAGCGUCCAGAACAUGAAAUACGACGCGGACAGUAACAUCGACACGGAGGAUCUGAAGGAGCUUGAGACCGAGAUCACACAGGUCGGUCAAAUGAUUGAGGAGAUGGAGAUGAAAGUCCAAGUGGCGCCCUGGGCGGUGGAAGCCAAACAGGAGGCAGGUGCGGAGCUGAAGUCCACUGCUAGUGUGGGCAACUCCUCCGUGGGUGUCAUUUCCAUUUGCGAAGAGGAGCCCAAAGAAGUAGGGAGCGAUGGAGGCAUCAUGAAAAUAUUUGCAGGAAUCGUUUUCACUGCGGUUGUGUUAAUUGCGGGCAUUUUAGGGUACUUAAUCAUAAACCUCUGAAUAAGCCGAAC